UCAAGUUCUGUCAGUGGUCUGCCUGCUUGUGCUCGUUUGCUGUUUGCGAGAGCUAUUUUGAGCCAGAAGAUUUACCUAUCCAAUUUCAACGUUAAUUUUAUAAAGAUUGUAAAUGCCUGAAAAUAAAGAUAUGCUCCAAUGUUAUAAUCGCGGCUGUGGGCAGCUUUUCGACCCUAAUAAAAACGAUAAAGAUGAAUGUUGUCAUCAUCCUGGUGCUCCAGUCUUCCACGACGCAUACAAAGGGUGGUCAUGCUGCAAUAAGAAAAGUGUAGACUUUACUGAGUUUCUGAACAUUAAAGGCUGCACUAUGUCCAAACAUUCUAAUGUGAAACCACCAGAACCAGUAAAGAAACCUUUAGAUAAGGAUUUGGAGAAACAACAGGUUAUAGAAAGGAGACCUCCAGUCACCGGCCCUCAAUUACCACGGCCACCGUUUGAUUCACCUAUGGUUACAUUAAAAGCAAGCAUUGCUGAUGCAUUGAGGGAAAGUGUUCAGAAAUCUGCACAGAAACCAGUUACUCCUGAGGAUGGUAUUAUUGCUAUUGGUACAAUUUGCAAAAAUGGUGGCUGUAACAUGUCAUACGAAGGUCCCCAGACUGACGGUACCAUGUGCACAUAUCACCCGGGAUGCCCAGUGUUUCACGAAGGUCUCAAGUAUUGGUCCUGUUGUCAAAAAAGAACGACAGACUUCAACACAUUUCUUAGUCAGCCUGGCUGUACAACUGGCACUCAUAAGUGGUUCAAGGAAGCAACUCCUGCUGGCACAGUGCAGUGUCGCUGGGACUGGCAUCAGACUGGCGAUCUAGUUAUUGUGAGCAUAUAUGCCAAGAAAUAUGACCCGACUCUUAGUUUUGUGAAACUGAACCCUAUUCGUCUGAAUGCAAAGUUGGUCUUUAGAGAAGAAGGUGAUGCAGCGUUUGAACUGGAUAUUGAACUGAGAGGCGUGGUCAGUGUUGAAGAAAGUUCUGCAUCAAUGCUGCCAACAAAAUUGGAGAUCAAACUGAAGAAAGCUGAACCAGGAGCAUGGAGCAAACUGGACUUCCCCAAGAACGAACCUAAAAAAGAGGCCCCACAGCCGCAAGAAGAGAAAACAGAUGAAGACGACUCGGUUGAUCUCUCCACCGUGGAAGCUAUUCAAUCGAUGGGCAAAGUGAACAUGACUGGAUGAACUUAUUGGUGUGAAAUUCUGAUAAACUGAUCUUGAAUUUAUUUUAAAACUUGUGUUGUUUCAAAGAACUCUUUUAUAUUGAGAUUUAUUGUCAAUGUAUGAAAUUGGUUCAUUUGACUAAAAUAAAAUAAAUAUUGUAAA